GUUAUGAGAAGUGUGACCGGCGGCUUCAAGUAUCUUCUUUGCUCUCCCCUCACUCAAAUUUGAAACGGCGGCCGGCCGGCAAACUUCCACAAUACAAAAAUACGUAUAAAUAAAUAAAUAAUUGAGAAUAAUAAUUAAGAAAGGUGGAUCCGAUCCGGAUGAAUGGUGAAUGGAGGAGGAGGGUGGCGGCUGCCUUUUUUUCGUCUUUGUUGCUUUUCUGUUAUGUGUUGCCGUUAUUUGUGGUGGCAGCUUUGGUGGUCUUCUCCGCCCCUCACACUUCCUUCUGGCGGCUUGCUUCUCCUUUCCAACAAAGCCGCGGCGGCGGCGGCUCCGCUAGUGGAACAAUAACUGCUUUGAUGAAUGUCUCUUCCGAUAAUACUCCUUCAUUGCAAGAAAACAGUGUCACAAGUCAACCCCGUAAUGUUAGUAUGAAGAACUCAUUAUCAGCUGAAGAUGAAGAAAUGGGCCCAAAAAGGCACAUCAGCAAAUUGGAGAUUCUGGAAGCUGGGCUUGCUCGAUCUCGGGCUUCAAUUGCGAGGGGAAAGCAGCAGCUAAGAAAUGAUGAUUUCAUACCGGAAGGGCCGAUGUACUGGAAUGCCUCAACUUUUCGUAGGAGCUACUUGGAAAUGGAGAGGAGGUUGAAGGUGUACGUGUACAAGGAAGGGGAGCCCCCAGUGUUCCAUUUCGGUCCAUGCAAGCAUACAUAUGCCAUCGAAGGUUACUUCAUCCAGGCUAUGGAUGUCACCCCCUUCCGGACCUCCGAUCCAAAUGAAGCUCAUCUUUUCUUCCUCCCCUUCAGUGUUACCAUGUUGACCGAAGUCAUAUACGUUCGUGACUCGCAUGAUUGGUCUCUCAUGAAGAAGACUGCCUUUGACUAUGUUGACGUUAUUGCCCACAAGUAUCCUUUUUGGAAUCGCAGCCUUGGAGCUGAUCAUUUCAUGCUUGCUUGCCAUGAUUGGGGGCCUGAAAUUUCAUUUGCAAUACCAAACCUUCACAACAACUCCAUUCGUGCUCUGUGCAACGCCAAUACCUCAGAAAGAUUCGACCCCAAGAGGGACGUCUCCAUUCCGGAAAUCCAUCUCCCGUCCGGCACCACCGCCGGGAUCCUAGGAGGCCCGCCGCCGGCAAACCGUUCGGUGCUAGUCUUCUACUCCGGCGGUCUGCACGGCCCCAUACGGCCGAUCCUGAUGGAGCAUUGGGGCAACAAAGAAGACGAGGAAGUCCAAAUCCACAGCUACCUCCCGAAGGGCGGCGGCCAAUCAUACUACGAGAUGAUGCGGAAGAGCAAGUACUGCAUCUGUCCCAGCGGGUACGAGGUUGCCAGUCCGAGAAUGGUGGAGGCGCUGUACAUGGGCUGCGUUCCCGUGCUGAUCAAGCAAGGGUACGUGAUGCCGUUCGGAGAUGUGCUGAACUGGGAGACGUUUGCGGUGAUCAUUCCGGUGAAGGAUAUUCCCAACCUGAAGAAAAUCCUGAAGGGAAUCCCUGAGAAGAAAUAUCUGAGGAUGCAGAAGAGGGGGAUACAGAUUCGAAGACAUUUCGAGAUUCAUAAUCCCCCUAAACGUUAUGAUGUCUUUCACAUGAUUCUUCACUCUGUUUGGCUUCGAAGACUCAAUAUUCGACUACAUACGUGAUGUUCAUCAUCAUCAUGGCACCUGAUACGUGUUUGAUUAUAAACUAGUUUUUAGUAUAGAGUAGAGUAAUAAACAGGGGCAGUUUGACAUUGGCUCCAUAUAUGUGUAAGCCAUGUUCAAAAGAUAAAAGUUUUGGCAUUAACUAGUAAAUAUGUUAUGCUUUUAAUUUGUGCCCAUUAUCUUGAGACAAAGUAACUUUUACAAGAAUUUGAUGUGGCAUAUAUAUG